CGGCGGCGCACGCAGGCCCAGUGGCGCCUCCGUCCGCUCUUGCAGACAUGGCGGGGUCUCUGGGAGGGAUGUUCUCCGGGCAGCCUCCUGGUCCCCCGCCGCCCCCGCCCGGGCUCCCGGGCCAGGCCUCGCUUCUGCAAGCCGCGCCCGGGGCUCCGAGACCGUCGAACAGCACUUUGGUGGACGAGUUGGAGUCGUCAUUCGAGGCUUGCUUCGCUUCCCUUGUAAGUCAGGAUUAUGUCAACGGAACUGAUCAGGAGGAAAUUCGAACUGGUGUUGACCAGUGUAUCCAGAAGUUUUUGGACAUUGCAAGACAGACAGAAUGUUUUUUCUUACAAAAAAGGUUGCAGUUGUCUGUCCAGAAACCAGAUCAAGUUAUCAAAGAGGAUGUCUCAGAACUAAGGAGUGAACUGCAACGGAAAGAUGCGCUGGUCCAGAAGCACUUGACAAAGCUGAGGCACUGGCAGCAGGUGCUGGAGGACAUCAAUGUGCAGCACAAGAAGCCAGCUGAGAUCCCCCAGGGCUCCUUGGCCUACCUGGAGCAGGCAUCUGCCAAUAUUCCUGCCCCUCUGAAGCCGACCUAAGAUUACUCUGCCUGAGAUGAGGCUGUGUAGUCCUGCCUGAUGUCUUUCUGUGUGGACAUGGUCUUUUGGAAGAACUUGUUGAUAAUGUGUGGGUGGUAGUUUAUGUCCUGCCCAUUUUUAUGAUUUCUUUAUUGAGUAGGAUUUAAACAUGAAGCCCAGGCUGACCUUGAACCUAUGAUUUCCCUUUCCUCAGCUUUGCCAGUUCUCUAAAUUCCUGGAGUUAUUUAUAAAAUGCCUGAAGCUUUCACAAACCAAGUAAAGGGUUUUUUGUUUAUUUGUUUGUUUUUUCAAAUUCUUUAGCAAAGUUUGGACUGUGAGAAUGAUCACACACACGUUCUUAUUUGACCUUUGCCAUUUGUUUUGACGACAUUUUGUUUGUGCCUUCAUCUCUCUAAUUUUGUUGUUUGUUUUUAGUUGUGAAUUUGGUAAAACCUGAAGGAAAAGAUUUUUUAAUAGUUUGAGAAGCCAGGGGAUAUAGAGUUGGUGUCAGCCUUACGAGCCACCCGUGGUAGUAGAGGCAGAUCUAAUCUGCUGUUUCAAAACUCUGAACUACCUCACAAGGAAUCUGACUCAACGGUGCCGUGCUUCCAGAGUGGCGCUGGGUGCGCAUCUUUUGCAAGUGGCUCAGAAAAGGUUAAAUAUGCUGCUGGUGUGUUACAGGAGAGGACGCUUACCUUAAUGCUGCAUUAUUAUCUGGGGUGAGCUGCGCUUUUUGAUCCUUUUUCACUGUCUUGAAGGCACGCACAGCAGGAGCAUGUGCUGAGUGCUCUCAGGCUGUGAGUGAUGGCCCGUUUAAGGGGAUGGGGGACAGGAAGAAGGCACAGGUGGGGUCUGAGGGUCAGAUGCUGGCUUGGAUUGUCUCUUGUUUGUUUGUUUCAGAGCAGAGUACUUCUCUUUACCAAACACAGAUACUCCAUACCUCUUAAACAGUCAGUACAUCUCCAGCUUGGUUUUGGCCUUGUCCAUUUUGGUUUCUAGAGUCUUGAGUACCUGAGCACAAGCAUUGAUGUCUACUCCCUGCCUAGUCUGGGUACAGCCAUCUGGUCUGUGAAGCUUCCGAAUUCUCUUCACUGCGUCCCAAGGCAUAGCCUUUUUAAAUUCUGUCAACUUUCAUAACUUCUCCAUAUACAUUAUGAAUUGCGGCUGUCUCUGUGAGAAUUAGGUACUUCCUUAAUUAUGCAAGAUCUUCCUGUUUCCAUGUGUGUGCUUGGUUGUGUGAUGUCUAGCACAGGGACCAAUGAGAGCCAGCCUGAGGCCAUCAAGUCCCCUUAAUGGAAUGUAUAAGUUAAGCAGUGUUGAAAAAUGUAGGCAUGGUGGCAUGUUUUAUUCUAGCAUUUGGAGGUAGAAGAAGGAGGGUCAGAGUUUGAGACUGUUGUAGGCUCCAUGAGCUCCGUCUCCCAAACCCCUGAAACCACCCACUUUACGAAGCACUGACCGGCAGCUUUACAUCUCAUGGAUUCUUGGCUAAGACCUAAAUAAACUUUUUACUUUUUA